UAACUCAAAAUUUGGUUAGCUUUCGAUCUUUCAUCAUGUUGAGAUGAUUGUAAUGACAUGAAUAUCUCAAACUCUUUUUCCACAAAAAUAUCCACCCAAGAUUCAUUAAUUCACCCACCUGCUAAGACUCCACAACUUAAAAAAGCAGAGAGAGAGAGAGAGAGAGAGAGAGAGAGGGGUAGAGAAUGGAAAAACUAAGGGAAGGAAAGGUAGAGGAGGGAAUGGAUUUAGAAAAUGAAAAGAUGUGUUUGGAAGAGGAGAAGAAGGAAAAAAGAGCAGAGCAUGAAGAGGAAGAAGAAGUAGGAUUGUCGGUGGAGAAGAUAUUUGAGAGCAAAGAAGUGCCUUCAUGGAAGAAACAGUUGACAGUGAGAGCCUUUGUGGUGAGCUUUGGACUGUCGGUGAUGUUCAGCUUCAUAGUGAUGAAGCUCAAUCUCACCACUGGUAUCAUACCUUCCCUCAACGUCUCUGCUGGACUGUUGGGUUUCUUCUUCGUCAAGACUUGGACCAAACUGCUUCACAGAUCUGCCCUCUUCAAGCAACCCUUCACCCGCCAAGAGAACACCGUCGUUCAGACCUGCGUGGUCGCCUCCUCCGGCAUCGCCUUUAGCGGAGGUUUUGGGAAUUACCUCUUUGGAAUGAGUGAACGAAUUGCCAAAGAAUCAGGACAAGAGAGUGACUAUAAGAAUCCGACCAUAGGAUGGAUGAUAGGUUUUCUCUUUGUCGUCAGUUUUCUCGGCCUAUUCUCAGUGGUCCCUCUCCGAAAGAUCAUGGUCAUAGACUUCAAAUUGACAUAUCCAAGUGGUACCGCGACUGCGCAUCUUAUUAACAGCUUCCACACUCCUGAAGGAGCCAAGUUAGCAAAGAAACAAGUGAGAGAAUUGGGCAAAUUCUUCUCCUUCAGUUUCUUAUGGGGUUUCUUCCAAUGGUUCUUCACCGCCGGAGAUGAUUGUGGAUUCACAAACUUCCCUACAUUUGGACUAAAAGCAUAUAAAUACAAGUUCUACUUCGAUUUUUCGGCCACUUAUAUUGGAGUUGGGAUGAUCUGUCCCCAUAUCAUAAAUGUAUCAUUGCUGGUUGGAGGAAUUCUUUCUUGGGGAAUCAUGUGGCCUCUUAUAGAAGCUAGAAGGGGUGAUUGGUACUCUGCAGAUCUUCCCCUAACCAGCCUACAUGGCCUUCAAGGUUAUAAGAUUUUCAUCGCCAUAGCUGUGAUUCUUGGUGAUGGCUUGUACAACUUCUUCAAGGUGCUGACCCGAACUCUCUUGGCCUUGUUUUACCAACUCCGUCAAAAAUAUUCCAACACCGGUCCCCUUUUUGCUGACUCUCAACCUUCUGAGAGCCCUCGUCUGUCUUAUGACAACCAGCGACGAACCAAACUCUUCCUCAAAGAUCAAAUCCCAACAUGGUUUGCCAUGGGAGGAUACGUUGCAAUCGCUGCUAUCUCAACUGCUACACUUCCUCACAUAUUCCACCAGCUCAAAUGGUACUACAUAUUGGUUCUCUACAUCUUCGCGCCUGCUUUGGCUUUUUGCAAUGCAUAUGGCUGUGGGCUCACUGAUUGGUCCCUCGCGUCCACCUAUGGCAAGCUUGCCAUCUUCACGAUUGGGGCGUGGGCUGGUGCCUCAAAUGGUGGAGUUCUCGCGGGCCUGGCAGCCUGUGGUGUCAUGAUGAAUAUUGUGUCGACAGCCUCUGACUUGAUGCAGGACUUCAAGACAGGGUACAUGACCUUGGCCUCACCGCGGUCCAUGUUUGUUAGCCAAGUGAUUGGCACUGCAAUGGGGUGUGUGAUUUCGCCUUGUGUCUUUUGGAUAUUCUACAAGGCCUUCCCUGACAUGGGACUCACUACCAGUGAAUAUCCUGCACCUUUUGCUCUAGUGUACCGAAACAUGGCCAAAUUGGGGGUUGAGGGUGUCAACACAUUACCCACAAAUUGUCUCACUCUUUGUUAUGUGUUCUUUGGCGCCGCCAUUUUCAUAAACUUGGUGAGGGAUGGUCUGGGGAAGAAGAGAGCGUGGUUUAUUCCGGUUCCAAUGGCAAUGGCGAUACCAUUUUAUCUGGGAUCAUACUUUGCCAUUGACAUGUGUGUUGGGAGUUUGAUACUAUUUGUGUGGCAAAAGAUAAACAGGGCUAAGGCAGAUGCUUUUGGACCUGCUGUGGCUUCUGGUUUGAUUUGUGGGGAUGGGAUAUGGACAUUGCCUAAUGCCAUACUUGCUCUUGCUGGUGUAAAACCUCCUAUUUGCAUGAAGUUUCUGUCUAGAAAAACAAAUGUCAGGGUUGAUGAUUUUCUUACGCCUAAGAAAGGUUGAUUAGGUUUUUAAUUAGCCUCUCUGGCCAAAGUCUGGCUUAAUAAAUUAAUGUACUCAAAGACUUGGUCAUCAUCAUAUUCAUAUGUUUGAAAAAUAUACUACCAUGUAAAUUUUCUCUCUCUUCUUA